AUGAAGAAAUUAAAGCUCAAAGAACUGGAAAGCUGCCUGCAGCAGGUUGAUACCUUUGAAAGUCCAAAAGUGCUUCUUGAGCACUACCCCAUCACAGCAUGUAUGCAGUACACAGUUUAUAAUGCUUUCGAUGAUGUUGAUAAAGUUGGAGAUAUAGGAUGUGGUUGUGGCAUGCUCAGCUUUGGAACUGCAACAUUGGGAGCAGGAUUGUGUAUGGGGUUUGACAUAGAUGCAGAAGGACUGGAAAUGUUCAACAGCAACCUUGAAGACUUGGAGCUCAUGAAUGUUGAUGCGGUUCAGUGUGAUGUCUCUUCUUUGAAAGACAGAAUGUCAGAGACUCUCGACACAGUUAUCAUGAACCCUCCUUUUGGUACCAAACAUGAUAUGACACCAAGAUGA